ACAAUCAUCCACGGCUUAACAAAGAUGACAGCAUCAAGAUCAGCAUCGAGAACACGAACACUUGCACGGACAGCCUCGUCACUGCUCUAGACGACGAGACCUUGCUCAUCACUGAUUUCCUGGGCGAUACAGGCAACGAGAUGAAUUACAAGGGCAGCGGGAAGGUCCACUUCGGAGUGGACGACGUGUCCCUCUAUGGGACGCCGAAGGAGGAGCCUGGCCCGGGUUUACCGGGCCAGGAAGUCAAGCAGAGCUUCCUGAAGAAUCAGCUUCAGGCCUUGUUCCAGCCGACGGAUAACAAGCUGGCCAUGAAGCUGUUCGGCAGCAAGAAGGCGCUGAUGAAGGAACGGAUCAGGCAAAAGGCUGCAGGUCACUGGGUCAUCCAUCCUUGCUCCAGUUUUCGAUUCUACUGGGAUCUCUGCAUGCUCCUCCUGCUGGUAGCGAAUCUGAUAAUUCUGCCAGUCGCCAUUAGUUUUUUCAAUGAUGACCUAAGCACUAGGUGGAUAGCCUUUAACUGCCUUUCCGACACGAUAUUCCUCAUAGACAUUGUCGUCAACUUCAGGACAGGUAUAAUGCAGCAGGAUAAUGCCGAGCAAGUGAUCCUGGAUCCGAAGUUAAUCGCGAAACACUACCUCAGGACUUGGUUCUUUCUCGACCUCAUUUCCUCCAUACCAUUAGACUACAUUUUCCUCAUAUUUAAUCAAUUUCAGGACUUUAGCGAGUCCUUCCAGAUCCUGCAUGCUGGCCGUGCUCUAAGGAUCCUCAGGCUUGCGAAACUGUUGUCGCUCGUUAGGUUACUACGGUUGUCAAGACUGGUGCGGUAUGUCUCGCAAUGGGAAGAGGUCUAUAUAUUGCAGAACCUACAAAAAAAACGCACUGAGCGGAGGGGGCGCCUAAGUUCUGACAAUAUGAAUAAAAAGAAGUCCGGUUUCAGCAAAAGCGACCUUAUUUUUAAGUUCCUGAAUAUGGCAUCGGUGUUCAUGCGGAUUUUUAACCUGAUUUGCAUGAUGCUCCUAAUCGGCCACUGGAGUGGCUGUCUGCAAUUCCUGGUUCCUAUGCUCCAAGGGUUUCCUAGUAACUCGUGGGUCGCCAUUAACGAGUUGCAAGACUCAUUUUGGCUGGAACAAUAUUCAUGGGCCCUUUUCAAGGCCAUGUCGCACAUGCUCUGCAUAGGAUACGGAAGGUUUCCACCGCAGUCCUUGACCGACAUGUGGCUCACGAUGCUCAGCAUGAUCAGCGGUGCUACCUGUUACGCACUUUUCCUUGGACACGCGACGAAUCUCAUCCAAUCUCUCGAUUCCUCGAGAAGACAAUACCGCGAGAAGGUGAAACAAGUAGAGGAGUACAUGGCCUACCGAAAGUUACCACGAGAAAUGAGACAGAGGAUCACGGAGUACUUCGAGCACCGCUACCAGGGCAAAUUCUUCGACGAGGAGUUGAUUCUUGGAGAGCUCUCGGAGAAACUAAGAGAAGAUGUGAUCAACUACAACUGCAGAUCGCUGGUCGCGUCUGUACCCUUCUUUGCCAACGCCGAUUCGAACUUUGUCUCGGACGUCGUCACUAAACUGAGAUACGAAGUCUUCCAGCCAGGUGAUAUCAUCAUCAAGGAAGGUACAAUCGGCUCGAAAAUGUACUUCAUACAAGAAGGCAUAGUCGAUAUCGUAAUGGCGAACGGCGAAGUCGCGACCUCGCUGUCGGACGGUUCAUACUUUGGCGAGAUUUGCCUGCUGACGAACGCGAGGAGAGUGGCGUCAGUCCGCGCAGAGACCUACUGCAAUCUCUUCAGCCUCUCGGUGGAUCACUUCAACGCCGUGUUGGACCAGUAUCCGCUAAUGCGCAGAACGAUGGAAAGCGUUGCCGCCGAGAGGUAUAAGCUUUGGUUGAACAAAAUCGGGAAGAACCCGAACCUGGUGGCUCAUCGCGAGGAGGAUCUUGGCAGCGAGUCGAAAACGAUAAACGCAGUGGUGAACGCGCUCGCGGAGCAAGCUGCGCACGCUAGCGCCAGUGAAGAAUCGGUACACAGCUUGGAGCUGAGGGCUCUUCCAGCUUGCCUGUUGCCCAGACCGAAGUCUGAGAACAAUUUCGCGAGUCAGGAGCUCUCAAGGGAGGGACGAAAGAUCUUCCACAAAAGCGACACUUUUCAUAAGGACUCGUAUCAAUGACGACACUCGUUAUACUAGCAUACAGAGAGAUACUAACGGCUCCAUGUGUGACAGUGGUCUCCGCUGUCGGUAGGACCGUUGGCGGCCGUUUUAAGCCUGGAUUCUGGACGCUACUCUAGAAGCAGUCUAUACAUAGAUAUACGCCAUGCCAGUAGUCCUGUAGCGAUCGGUUUCUAGCGCCUUAUAUUAACCUGAUGGCAACGUUUGUCCAGAAUCUGCGCGUAAAACCGCGUGUACCGACGUGUCCCAUCCUCCAAUGGUGACACAGCACCAGGGGGCUCAUUCGGACACCUAUUAUUUCAUAGUGAAAGAUUCGAACUCGAACAGCAAUAAAUAGCGAACCGAUACUCGGAUGGAGGAUAGGCUAAACGCGUGGUGACUUUCUCGGUGCAGGGUGUGCAACAAUCAACGUUUGGAGAAAACUGUAGGGACAUUUUUUUAGUUUUUGAGCGAGAAUCGAACGCUGUGUCGCCGAUUGGAGGGCACGGAGCCGUUUCAUUUCUACGAGACUCUUCAUCGAAGUGUCGACAAAAGGAAAGACGCGACAGCAGAUGAAGAUCUCAACGACGACGAAGAGCAGGCCUAGAAAAUUUAUAGAGCGUAUGUGUAGUCCGUCGUGGACUAGGUAUAAAUCCUAAAACAACAGUGUAAUGAUGCGUAAUUCUCUGUGAUUUUGCAAAUCGACGUUUCGCACUUUACGGUGAAGGAGAGGGGGAAAGAAAAAAAAAAGAACAAUUAGUUUUGCAAGUCGACAUUUCCCGCUCCACAACGGAAGGAGAACAAGGGGGAAGGGGGGGAAAAGAAAAUGGAGAAACGAUUAUAACCUAUACGAACAAUUAGGAUUCACUUUUGUUUCGUUUUUUAUUUAAAACAACUAACAUAGAGAAGAACGUACUCGUAAGACGAGAAUAUUCCAGUUAUUAAUUUUGUUAACGUGUUUUAAAUUUAGCUUCGUAUCGUAAAUAGUUCCCGUACGAGUGAUCAGGGGGGGAGGGGGGCAAGAUGGAGGCGAACGAACCAACGUGCAAUGGCUCCGAAGUGACGAUCGGACCAGCGAAGAAUGAUCCCUGGAAUGGGUGGGGGAGGGGGAUAAGGGAACGCACAAGAAGAGGAGAGUUUCUCAUUUCACCGCGGGAAAUCUAACCUAAUUUCGUGAUUAACAGAGGGAAGCCUGCGUUCGGAACUCGCUUCGUUAUAAAAUAGAUCCAGUUUUAUUUUCUAAUACUUCUUGAGCCGCUUCGAAAAAAAGCGUAGUGAUAUAACACUGUAAGGCCGAGCUGUGUAUACAAGUUCUAUUAUAAUAAUCCGGAGUUUAGGAAGACCGUCCUGAGACGCGAACGAGAUCCAAGCCACGGGAACAGGUGGUGUAAAAGGUACGAAAAAAAAAAUCUAAUUUAGGGGGGAUGAUCGAAGUCGUUCUACGAGAAAAAAAAAAAAAAGAAAAUAAUAUUAUAAAAGCCCAAAGACCGUGUUAACUUGUUGAGAGUCCUUUGGGCUGCCACGACUAAAACGUCAAUGAAUGAAAACUAUUAAGUGGAACGCGAGGGGAAGUACCUUUUUAUUCAGGCGAAGUGACGCGAUGUACUAUAAAGAGAAAAAAAAAAACAAACAAACAACAACAACAAAAGGUAUAAAUAUUAUGUAAUAAAUUAUUAUUAUUGUUACGAUUAUCAUUGCAAUGAUUAUUACAUCCACUACCGCAUAAACUAGGCAGUUGUUAAGACGUAAAUGGCAAAAACAGAUACGCUGCGCGUAAUAGUGGUCAAUACACUGGUGCAAGAUAUUAUGUAACGUUUUAACCGUAACGCGAGAAAAAAAAAAAAAAGGGUUAAACGCCGACAAAAACGCCAAUACUUGUGGACAGUUUCGCGCGACGAUUCCCAGAGCUUCUUCUAAUGAGUUCACGUCGACACGACGCUUUCGCGGCAAUUAAUGAACAAUUCGAAGUCAAUUGACCAAAACGAUUCCAUUCACCUAGCGUUACUGUAUCAUUUUCGUAGCUGUUGGUGUAUAUUUUAGCGGUGAUAUUAUUUGUGUCUUUGAAAGUUUACGACGGCUGUUGAAUUUUCUGAUAUUUCUAUACUCACGACGAAAGGGGGAAACCCGGUUCUGAGGGGAUAUUCUCUGGAUCAGUGGCUCUUGAAUUUCAGUCAGUUUUAAAUCCCACAGGAACGUGUUUCACGAACAUUUCUAAGCGAUCUACCUUUUGCUUCGUAAAUGGAGUUCCGUAACUUCCUAUUUUAAUAAAAAAAAAAGACAUGGAGCCUCGCUCUUGUUCGCUCGUAAAAGGAAACGAACGUUCCUAGAAACGUUUCGUGCUCCAUUUUGUUUGAAAAUUCAAGAGCCACUGUUCCAAGCGUUAACUCGGCAGAGCGUAGGUCGCGUCUGUUAACAAUAAUACUCUUCUUCAAAACAAUUGCUAUAAGAGUCUAAUUUAAUAGCAGUGUUGCUUGUUACUUUGACGUACACUCUGACACUUUUCACUGACAUAUAUGGCGGGUGAAAGAAACGUGCCAUUCGUUUCCUAGUUGAACGUGUACACCUUUGUGCAUAUGUGAUUAUGCAUACAUGUACAUAUAUACAUAUAUACAUAUAUACAUAUAUAUAUAUAUAUAUAUAAAAAAAAAAAUACCCAUGUAAGAGAAUAGGAAUAUUAUACAUGCGUUUCAUACAUAUACAUAUGUAAACAUACACCUACACACAUGCGAGGAAAACAGAAGUACCUAUUUUUCAUGUAAGAGAGAAAGAAAGAGAGAGAGAGAGAGAGAGAGAGAGAGAGAGAGCGAGAGAGAGAGAGAGUUUUCUGUCAUUAUUUUACAUCUCCUCACGUCAUCCUAACUAUAUAAUACUAAAUAAAUGAUAAUAUUGUAAUAGCGACGAGAGGAUGAUUGCGUACUGUGGGUCGAAUAAAGCAUCACCAGAGAUAAUGGUAGAAUACUCGUAGACCGCAAUGACCGACGUUUUUAUAGAUUAAUCUAUACACAUAACAACCGGUCUAGGACUAAUCUGCCAGCGAGGUUUCGGGCCUAAGGUGUACGCGUGACUAAUAACAAAGAAGAAAAAAAAGAAGUAAAAGAAAAAAAAAAAAAUAAAAGAACCCAGACAAGAAAUAGAUUAUUGUUACUACUUCGGGAGACGAGAAACGGGGAUACGGUACCGAACGACGGCGAUUAUUCGUAACGGGCGAGGGGGAGGGGGGGAGUAAUGAAAACGAAAGAAACGAAACGAAGUUGUACUCUUCACUAUCACUGCUAACCAAUAGACGACUAUUUAACCACUGUCUGCUAACGUUGACGAUCGAAAGGGGCGUGCUAGCCGUUAAAUAUUGCGCAUUGUAACCUGUAUGUACAUAUACCUAGUGUGUACAUAUGUCGCCGGGCAGAGCACGGCGUUCCCGACGGGGGACACAGGGGGGGAAACACGCGAAAAUGGAACAUUAGGAUUAUAUCGAAACAAAAAGUAAAAGAAGCUAAAAAAAACAGUGUUUAAAAAUCGCGCGCGCGCGGCUAUUCCAGACGUUAACGCUAAGCGACAAGAGUGAGACGUAAUUAAGGAAAAUACAAUACAAAAAGAAAAAAGUGAAAAAAAAAACAGAAAAAACACAUACAAAGGCGAGAUAGUUUUUGUAUCAAUUGAGGAUUAGGUUUCGCGGCUUAGCAGAAACGGGGACGAUACACGAUCAGGGGUCCGGAAAUCGGAAAUGGUACGUAUAUUUGUAACAGCGAAUUACGGGACGAAUCCAAGGGAUGACAAAAAGAGUUCAAUUAAACACGGCAUAAACGCGUUACACUGUACAUAUAUAUAUAUAUAUAUAUGUGUAUAUAUAUAUAUACAUAUUUCUUUCUCCGUGCAAUCUCGUUGAUGAUGAAUUGCGAGAUCGUCAGUUCGCGGUUGCAGCUGGAACACACAAACGCCUAGAAUUGUCUUAGAGCCACGUAAAAAGAAAAAAAAAAAUAAAUAAGAACACGUAUAACACAAAAGACUGUAGCGCCAUGAAUGUGUAUCUCGGAUCUUACAUAUCAGAUGUUUCGUUUUGAGCGACUAUGGACACGUUUGCAGCGUGAAAUUUAGCUGUGCAACGAUCUAGGUAGGACCCCGGGCGAUGGGCGCGAACACUCCUCGAAAUAUUAUUUGAAACCGUUUAGACGGAAAGGAGGAUAUUUGUUAUUUUUUAAAGUGAUGGAUUGCUUCAAGUUACUCGUAGAAUAAUUUUUAAUUUUCAACUAGAUACGCUUUUGGCUUUAAAUAAUAUUUUUCGAGGAGAUGCAAUUGUAGAACGCCCAUCGCCAGGCAAACUUCCUUCGCUCGCAGGAGACCUACAACCUAAGACCUAAUACCUAAUACCUAACCCUACCUCCCCUCCCCUCCCCCCACCUCUCAGCCCUAAAUCUCGCAAUUCACGUUAUUCUCGAAAUUCCCAUUCUCGACGUCAUUGGUUUCCGAGUUUCAAGAAAUUCUCCCAGGAAAACUGAAAAAAAAAAAAGAAACUAAAUAAUCGAGCAUAGUCGAGCUGAACAUUAGCUGAGGACACCAGCGUAGACCUAACCUCCGUUUCCGGUUUCAAUGGAUCAAACGCGAUAAAAAACGAUUGAUAAACGAAACAUGCGACUGUCCAAUGUCAAGUAGAACGCUAAGCUUCGUUAGACAGUACACUGACGAGCGUUUCUCGGUGAUCUCUACAGGGUGACACAAGACUGGUUUAGCAUCAGCGACUCCUAGAUCCUAAGUAGACCUAUGCUCUGUGAUCCGGAACGGGAUUGAAUAUGAUUUACCGACACGUAGUACUCGUUUAAGGGCCGCCAAGUGAUUGAAACAACGAAAUCGAAGAUAUUAAAAUGGGUCGUUGACACAGAAAACGUACACCUCGAUUGCCUUGUAGAUCUCAUACAGGUAACUCUGGUAGGGGGUUUUUUGGGGCAGGGGAUCAGCGAAACCGUUCAUCCGCGACUACUUUCCCGUCAUCUUGAACCGUAGAAACUCCUGACUACUGUUUUCUAGCGGAACGUUUUUAAUUUUUAAUGUAAAAAAGAAAAAAAAAAAAGGUAUAAAAAUGUCGAAUUUAUCCGUUAACGGGAAGAUCCAGUAGUGUGGCACCACGUAGAAGUCAUCUUCGUCAUGCGAGAAACCUGCAUAGUAAACGCCUUGUAAAGAAACAGAUUAAAAAAAGGACAAAAAAAAAAAUAAUAAGAGAGCGAGAGAGAGAGAGCGAAAGAGAGCGAGAAAGAGAGAGAGAGAGAGAGAGAAAAUAACAUUACCCUAGCGUCAAUUUUCUACGAAAGAGUUUUCUACAAAAUUCACACCAUAAGCGUGUAUCUGUCGCAAUCGCGCUUAUCGUAUGAAUCUGUAUGUAUGCUAACACAAGCGCUGGUACGAAUCUCUUGACGUUUUUCUAUUAGAUAUCGUUGGCUAAGUUUGUUACCAAUGUUUAAAGAGCGGUGAAUCUGUUAUUCGAUGUAAAACCGAGAGGGCAGCCCCCAAGCAAGCAUUAGUAGCGGAAAUUAAAUAAAUGAAGCAACAAAAAAAAAAAAAAUAACUCAUAGAUGCUUGUUUCGAGACGCAGUAUAAUUGUAAAUUGCGAAUAAUGAACCAGAUAAAAAAAAAAGAAAAAAAAAAAUGAAGUGAAGCAAUUAUAACUAUCGUUCAAUUAUUGAGUUCUACAUCGGUGUUUAACUUUUCGCACUCAGUGGGCGCGCGCGCGCGCUUUCGUUUCCCGCGGUUAAUUUCGUUCGCGUACGGUUCAAAAUGGCCGCCGAUCGAGUGUGCAGAGGUUAAACCAUCGAUCGAGUAUUCUUAUCGCUCUGGGAAGAAUAGUCGAGUUAUCGUUGAAAAGAACAAAAAUUUCAUAAAAAAAAAAGAAAGAAACGAGGAAGAGGAUAAUAAACGAAACAGCGUGCAAAAGCGUUCGAUGAAAAGCGACGAUUGCGAUUACGAUUACGAUGUACUUUCGUUUUAAUUGUAAAUCCGUUGUGCGGUAAUGUUUUCAGUGGUGUGGUACUGCACUACUGGCGGACAACGUCAGAACGAAUUUUCUGCGAUCCCGCAACCAAAUUCGUUCCGACGGCGAGAUUUUUCGGUUCCAACGCGAUGAACAAUUUUCGAUCGAUAACUCCCAGGAAGCUCUGUACGCGAGACUACGUAAACGACUCUCUAGUCGCGGGGCAAAAUGGUUUCUUUCAGUAUUGCAAUCCUCGGUUCGCCUCUCAAUCGCGACAAGCAAUCGACAAUUCGAUAUUACACGUUCAGACGAGCUUUUAGCGAAGUUACAUUGUAUCGAAGUAACGUAAUAAGAACUAGACUAUUAUUCUGUAGGUAUAAAACUAACAUUAGCAUCGUCGACCGGCGAUCGAAAGAUAGUGGCUAGAGAGUUAUUCGAAUUAUUUUACCGACACCGAUCUUUGUUAAGCGCUACACUAUUGUUCGCAGAGUGAUUCCAACGCGCUUGGGCGAUAGCCGUUGCAAAAACAAAAAAAAAGAAAGAAAAAAAAAAACAUACACGUGUAUUCACGUACAUGUAAGUGUAUAUGCGCGCGUGUGUACAAAGAUGCACUUCGUUUAGGCCAGCUCGUGGCUCGAGCAAAAUAAUAAUUCAUAAUAAGUCGGAACGUUAGUUCAGACGAGGGGUUUAAUCGAAACUACCGCCAUCUGCAACUCGAUAUACACACACAGAGCUAGUUUACACCGAGCGUUUGAUACGCGCGCGUACCGACCACUCCGACUAUCGUAACGAAAUUGUGGUGUAAAUAGAGUGUAUCAAGUUGAUAAUUACGUUUCACAAAUGAAACUCAUGGUAUAUAUAUAUAUAUAUAUAUAGUUUGAACAAAUUAAAAUAAAAUAUAAGUCGCACGGUUACUUUGUUUGCAUCUCGUUCGUACAUUUUAUAAACUCGAUACACUCGAACGCGAAUCGAAUCGAAUCGAAUCGAACGCCUGGAGCGCCGCCACUUUAGCCCGCGUAUCGAGAACGGGCACGGUGUAAACUAAGUCGCAAUGAAAGUUCUCCAUUCGUUACGUCGGGAUUAUACAAACGCGGAAAGAACGAAAACACAAUGUGGACAAUUUUUUCGUAACGGUCAUCAAUCAAUUGCAAAAAAAGUCGGGCGCCCCACUUGAACAAAAGAAAACGAGAAAUAAAAAACGGCGAAAAAAAAAAAAAAAGGAAAUAACGACAGAAUCCAAACAAUGGAAUACAUACUUCUUGAGACACAUACGUAUACUUCUUCUUGUUUCCGGUUCUCUAGCCUGCGGUUAAAUAUAUUUUAUUAAACGGUAUAAAAGCGUAAAAAAAAAAAAAGAAAAAAAAAAAACAGAUAACCGAAUAAUGAGCAUAAGUAAAAAGUUGCAUGCAAAAUAGAGAGUAAACAGAUUUAGUGGCCGCGGAUUAUACGGCGCCAAAUUGAAUUUAAACGUGAAAAAAGAGAACAAAAACGUUUGCGGAUUAGUUCUUUUUCUAACGAGCGAAUCAUUUUUUAAGUGAUUUGACACGUAGCUGGCUAAUUAGAAGUUACAUAACUGGCCAAUAUACUUUUAUAAACUGUACAAAAAUGGAAAAAAACAAAAUAAGUAUUCACGCGCGUUUAGACAUCAGCACUUUUAAAAUAUACUUGCCAUAACAAAUGCCUUAGCAGAAAAAAAAAAAAAUACAUUACUGUACAUUGUGGUACGUGACGCGGAACGGUAAAUAUAAUAAGUAUAAUAAGUACACGCAAUGUCAUAUACAAAACAAAAUGAAAAUAUUGACGAAAACGAGCCAAAAGCCAAUGCAUACAUCAAAGAUACAUUAGUAGCGAUGGAAAAAAAUGAAAGAUAUACAUACACAUAUACCCUUAUGUUUAAAUACCGUAUAUCUGUAUAAAAUGUACCCGCGAACUUUGCUCCAUGUAUAUUUUAUACAUUUAAACGCAUUGUUUAAAAAGCAAGCAGCAAGUGGUUAUAAUGAUUAAUUAAAACAAAAAAGAAAA